ACCCGGAAGUGACGCAGACGUCAAUAAGAAGCAGACGCAAGCAACAGUGUGUAGCGCAGCCCAGUUCAUCCAUCUUUUAAUCUUUUUAAAACAAAAAUACAACAUGUCUUCGGAUUUUGAAGCUUACGAGCAGGACUUUGGCACCCUCACCGCGGAAAUAACCAACAAAGUUGGACGAAUACCUAAGCUAGCCGGUGAGGAGAAGACACAGCUGGUUCUAAAUGUCGACAAACAGCUUGAAGAAGUCAGAGAGUUGCUCGAGCAGAUGGACCUGGAGGUUCGAGAGAUCCCGAUUCAGAGCCGAGGCAUGUACAACAGCCGUCUGAAGAGCUACAAGCAAGAGAUGGAGAAACUUGAGAAAGAUUUUAAAAGGUCACGUAUUGCCUACAGUGAUGAGGUGCGGAACGAGCUCCUGGGGGAUGAUGCGAGCUCCUCGGAGAGUCAGCUGAUAAAGUUACGUGAAGAGAGAGCACAUCUGUUGGACAACACAGAGAGGCUGGAAAGGUCAUCUCGGAGGCUGGAAGCUGGCUACCAGAUAGCAGUAGAAACCGAGCAAGUUGGACAGGAGAUCCUUGCCAACCUGAACACCGACCGUGAGAAGAUUCAGAGAUCCCGCGACCGGCUGAGAGAGACGGACGCUAACUUGGGCAAGAGCUCUCGGAUCCUGACCGGCAUGCUGAGAAGGUAAGAGUAAGGAUCAUUCAGAAUCGUGUCCUGGUCUUCAUCCUGGGCGCCAUCAUCCUCCUCACCAUCGUCUUGGCCAUCUAUUUCAAUUUGCGAGGGCACUGAUCUCCACUGACUGGCCCUAUGCGUGCAUGUGUGAGUGUGUACGAGCGUGUGUGUAAGAUUAAUAGUGACAAAAGUGUUGGGCUGGAGUAAUUAGGACAAAUUGUUCACAUGAAUCAUUCCUGGUGGGCAGUGACAGGGGGCCUCUCCUCGCUGCUCUCGAGCGGAGCGGGACCGUGUCUACCCUCUCUCUCCUUAUAUUUAUGCUGCGUCCAUUACUUUUAAAACUUACCGACCCAGAGAGAAACCCGGCACGGAUGUGUGGACACAAGGACCAUGAUGAGAACAUCAGAUGGAUGAAGAACAGGAAGACGAACAUCAACCUAUGUCAUAACCUGCUGUUUAAUGUUUAGUUUUGAGGGGGGGUUGUAGGCGGGAAAAGGGCAUGAGAGCCAAAAGGUACUGGAAAAUCCUAUCCAUCAGGUAUAUGUGUGUGUGUGUGUGUGUGUGUGUGUGUGUGUGUGUGUGUGUGUGUGAGAGAGCCGUACACAAGGCAAGGCCCCCGGAGCAGUACCAUUUAGCACACGGUGCAGAAUCACACACUACACACAGCCCAAAGGUCACACGCCCGUCUCUCAGUCCCCCUUCAUCCAGGAUUAGUAGCUUCUCACGCUGUUCCUCUAAGGUCAGCAAAGACCUCGCAUGUGUUUAGUUAAACCAGCAGGACUGCUUUGAACAAGAAAAUAUCCAUGUCCACUCUUACCUUUACUAAUCAAAUCUGACAGCAUGAUAGUAACUGUAGUCAGUCGUACUAAUAAGAAAUGUAUUUCCUGUAUUUAUUUGUCAUUUCAGAUGAAUUGUACUGUAUUUUUCGCUGUAUCUUUCUUUCAAUUUAUCUGGAAUUUGUUUUAGCCAUUAAUGUUUGACAUUAAAAUCACAUAAUUUGUCUCUACUGU